AUGUCUACGAAGCUAGCGACUGCGGGUAGGCUAAAAGGGUACCCAACGUUCUCAGCAUUCAUUGCAAGAGAUCAGGACGCAGCAAUCUAUCGCAAAUAUGAAAGUCUGAGUGCGCGGAAUCUUUUGUACAUGUCGAGUGAGAUUCAUGAGCUCGAGGGCCAGUUGAAGGCUCUGGAUGAGGAAGAUUUCAAAAGCUCUUGUUUUGUAGCAGAAGGGGCGGCGAGGAAAUGGGAGCAUUAUAGUACUGGCAAAGAAUUGGGAGUCCAAGCCCAUCGCGACUUGCAGGCGAAGAUCAAAGUGAAGCUGAAGGAAUAUCGUAUGUGCAGUGCGAAUGAGGGCGCCGGAGACGGUAUGAGAAGUUCCACCGACGGCGGGGUAGAUGAAGCACUUUUGCUAGAGAGCCAAGUACUGGCCCUCAAAAAACCAACUCAAAGGACGCUGAGAAAUGUCAAACGUUGGUUUAGCAGUGGAGGCCAGACAGUGCUCCUAGGAAGAGACACGCAUCUGUUUGAUAAUAAGAAUGAUAUGGUUGCACUUGCACCUCUUGAUGAUGACCGACUAAGUAGACUACUGAGGGCAGUCUUUGGGUGGUGCUUCGAGGAUAGAGAUUCUCGAACUCGCCGGUUGGAGCAAGGGGAUGAACUCUACUACUUUCCGGAACGGAAGAUCCAACGAGUUGGUCUUGUCGUAUCGAUCUUGUUGAGCGCUAUACUUCUGAUAGGAGCAAUAUCUUGCCUGUACAUGGCUACCAACAGGAGCAAGAACCUCAUUCUGGGCAUGAUCGUGUUGUUCACUUGCCUCUUUGCGUAUGUUGUUGGACUUUUGACGAAUGCUAGAAGAGCCGAAGUGUUUGGGUCGACUGCUGCAUAUGCGGCAGUCCUUGUUGUUUUCGUCAGCAACCCCCCUGGGAUUGGAUGA